CAGUGAAGUGGGGAUGCGUGGUUCCUCUUUGGGAACAAUUUUGCUGGCUCUAGGGCUUUGGCCACCUAUAAAGCUUAGCAAUGGAAAGUAAUGAAACCCUCAAAGAGGAAGAGUUCUUGGCGAACACUGAAGAAGGAGCAACUUUCGACCAAGCCAUGCUAGCAAGGAUGGAGACCUUCGAAAUCAAUGAUCCAAAGCGUAGGAGAAAAAAUAGGAUGAACUUCACUGUGGCUUUAAUGGUCAUCUACCUGAUGCUGCUCACAGGAGCUGCUGUGCUGCUGGAGUUCCAAGUCCAGAACCUGCAGUUCCAGAUCCUGAAGCAUGAUUUCCUCAAUGAGACAUCUGGGGAAAAGUCCUUCUUGCAGUGGUUGGCACACCCGAUGCACAAGGCUCAGAGCACGUCAAAGCUGCAAGACCUACAGGCCCAGCUUACUGAAGUCCAAGUCAGACAGGAGCGCAUGCUGCAGCAGGUGGAGAGCCUCCCUCAGAAAGCAGAGUUGCACAGGAUCAAAGGUGAACCAGGUGCCCCAGGUCCAAAGGGGGCCACGGGUGAGCCAGGAAGGCCAGGCGAGAAGGGAGCCAAGGGGGCCGUGGGACCAGCGGGAAGCCCAGGUCUCCUGGGACUCCAAGGCCCACCAGGCAGGAAGGGAGAUCCUGGCCUCCAAGGACCCAAGGGCAUGCCAGGAGAGCAAGGAGCCACUGGCGUACCAGGCCCUCAAGGGGAGAAAGGCAGCAAAGGCGAUGGAGGGCUCAUGGGCCCCAGAGGAGCAACUGGGGCCAAGGGAGAUAAAGGGGACCUGGGCCACCCAGGGAUUAAAGGGGACAUAGGCAUGAAGGGAGACACAGGGGUCAUGGGCCCCCCUGGGCCCAAGGGGGGCAAAGGUGACUCAGGGAAUCCAGGUCUACCAGGUGUGGCUGGAUCUCCUGGAGCCAAAGGUGAUCAAGGACAAACUGGAGUGCCAGGUAUUCCAGGCCGUCCCGGAGCAGUGGGACCUUCGGGGCCCAAGGGUGAACCUGGCAGCCCUGGCACAACUGGGUUAACAGGACCACCAGGGAGACAAGGGAUUCCAGGACCUGAGGGCAUCAAAGGAAGCAAGGGCGACGCAGGAAUUCAAGGACAAAAGGGAGCAAAAGGAGAAUCAGGAGUCCCAGGAUCUGUGGGACAAAAGGGAGAAAGGGGAACUCCUGGGCAGGCUGGCCUCCGAGGAGCACCUGGAGCAGUUGGCCAAAAGGGAGACACAGGAGAGAAGGGAUCUUCUGGGCAGAAAGGACAAAAAGGAGAACAAGGACAAAGAGGUGAAAAAGGCUCUUACGCCUCAUCCGUCAGAAUUAUUGGCAGUAGCAGUAGAGGCCGGGCUGAAGUUUUCUAUGAUGACAUCUGGGGGACGAUUUGUGACGAUGACUGGGAUAACUCUGAUGCCACUGUCUUCUGCCGCAUGCUGGGCUACAGCAGGGGAAGAGCACUAGGCUCUUACGGAGGUGGCACUGGGAAGAUCUGGCUGGAUGAUGUUGCUUGCGAGGGGACAGAGUCUUCCCUAUGGAGCUGCAGAAAGAGAACCUGGGGCUCUCACAACUGCAACCACAGUGAGGAUGCAGGCGUGGAGUGCAGCUGAUCUUGAAGCCCUGAAGUCACACUCUGUCCCCCAAGUGGCCUUGGGCUCACACACAAUAGGAAGGAAAGGAUGCUGUGAGGGUUCCCUGGAACUGGCUGAGCAGGCACUGGAGAAGGUCAUUAAUAAAAAUCAAAGUGCUGCCAGCCAGCAUCACUGGCUA